GCAGUUGCAGAUAGUUUUCACCCGUGUCAUUUGCCCUAAGAUGCCUCGACUUCCGGACUUAGCGUGUUAUACAAGUUAGGUCUCCUCCUCCUCCUUGCCUAUACCUUGCCUAUAUAAAGAGCAAUUUGCAUUCUCUCUCUCUACAGUACUCAUUUUUUCCAGAAUUUUUUUUUCUCUCCUCCAUUCUUGAAGCGCUUUCUUCAAACCCAAGAUGCAGAUCUUCUUUAAGACCCUCGAAGGAAAGACCAUGACACUGGAGGUGGAAAGCUCAGACACCAUCUAUAGCGUUAAGGUCAAGAUCUAUGAGCAGCAGCGUCUGAUCUUCGCCGGAAAGCAACUCGAGGAUGGCCGAACCCUAGCUGACUACAACGCGCAGAAGGGUGACACCCUUCCACUUGUGGCCGGAUCCCUCCACCUUGUGCCCCGUCUCAGGGAAGCCUGGCAGAAGGGAUCCGCCCUUGGCCUUGUGCCCCGUCUCAGGGGAGUCUGGCUGACCUGGAGGGGCAAAUCCAUCACCCCUCUAGCUGUGGAAAGCUCAGACACCAUUGGCGACGUCAAGGCCAAGAAGAUUCAGGACAAGGUGGAUAUUGCCCUAGACCAGCAAAGGCUGAUUUUUGCUGGAAAGCAGCUCAAGGACGACAAAACGCUAGCUGACUACAACAUCCAGAAGGGAUCCACCCUUCACCUUGUGCUCCGAUUGAGGGGAGGGAUGCAGAUCCUAGUCAAAACUUUGACUGGGAAAACCAUCAUUCUUGAGGUGGAGAGCUUAAGCACAAUUGGCAACCUCAAGGACAUGAUCCAGGACAGGGAGGAUAUUCCCCAAGACCAGCAGAGUCUGAUUUUCGGUGGUAAAGUGCUUGAAGAUGAGAAAACCUUCGCUGAUUAUAACAUCCAGAGUAAUUCGACCAUACACCUUGUGCUGCGUCUCAAGGCGGUUGAUUACGAGAAGCCAAAGAUUCAAGACAAAAGGAGGGCAUGGAAAAUCCUCCUGCCCUGCAGUGGCCGUUGUCUGGAAUCUAUUGACGAGAUAGCAUCUCCUCAGGCUUUGUUGGCCACCUACCAUUCCGUCAUUUCAUCUUCAGGCCCACGACCAUUACCGGUCGUCGGAAACCUUUAUGAUAUCAAGCCGGUGAGAUUCCGGUGUUUCGCAGAGUGGGCAGAGGUUUAUGGACCAAUCAUAUCGGUCUACUUUGGUUCAACCUUAAAUGUGAUAGUCUCAAAUUCAGAAUUGGCUAAGGAAGUGCUUAAGGAGAAAGAUCAACAAUUAGCAGAUAGGCCCAGAAGUAGAUCUGCUGCCAAGUUUAGCAGAUGGGCUGAUUAUGGGUCUCAGUAUGUGAAAGUUAGGAAGGUCUGUACUCUUGAGCUUUUCACUCCUAAGAGGCUUGAAGGUCUUAGACCCAUUAGAGAAGAUGAAGUCACAGCCAUUGUUGAAUCCAUCUUCAAAGACUGUACCAGCCCUGAUAACCUUGGGAAGAGUGUGCUUGUCAAGAAGUACUUAAGCAUGGUAGCCUUUAACAACAUAACAAGGCUUGCUCUUGGAAAGCGUUUUAUGAAUUCAGAAGGCAUUUUAGAUAAGCAAGGUUUGGAGUUCAAGGCAGUAGUGGCCAAUGGAUUGAAGCUUGGAGCAUCACUUGCCAUGGCAGAACAAGUCCCAUGGCUCCGGUGGUUGUUCCCACUAGAAGAGGAGGCUUUUGCUAUGCAUGGAGCUCGAAGAGAUCGACUUACUAGACCCAUCAUGGAAGAGCACAUAGCUGCCCACAAUAAGAGCGGCAACGCAAAGCAGCAUUUUGUUGAUGCACUCCUCACUCUUAAGGAGAAAUACGAUCUCAGUGAAGACACUAUCAUCUGCGUGGACACCACUGCAAUCACUGUUGAAUGGGCUAUGGCGGAGCUGAUCAAGAACCCAAGGGUCCAAGAGAAGGCCCAAGAGGAGCUGGAUCGGGUUGUCGGAAUCGAGCGGGUCUUGACAGAGGCCGACUUCUCCAACCUCCCAUACCUCCAAUGUGUGGCCAAGGAGGCUCUGAGGUUGCAUCCUCCAAGUCCACUAAUGCUCCCCCACAAAGCCAAUUCCCAUGUCAAGGUUGGUGGCUAUGACAUCCCCAAGGGAACCAAUAUUCAUGUUAAUGUGUGGGUUGUUGCUCGAGACCCGGCCGUAUGGAAGGAACCGUUUAAGUUCCGGCCCGAGCGAUUCCUUGAGGAGGAUGUUGACAUGAAGGAUCAUGAUUUCCGGCUACUACCAUUUGGAGGGGGUCGACGGGUCUGUCCCGUGGCACAAUUCGUUUUUGGGUUGCCACUAACAAAGCUGAAAAGGUCUUCUGUAUCUUCCAGAUCCACACCGGCACACCUUGGCCGGUGGAGAGAGAAAAGCGUAAUAUGUAAUCGUCCAUUCAACGUUGGGAGACCUUUAGUCGAUUCUCCAGCUCUUCCAUCCCCAGUGGUUAACCUAACCAAAGGGAGAACCCUAGUCGAUGCUCCAACUCCUCCAUCCCCAGUAGUUAACGGAAAUCAACAUUUUGAACCAGCUUCUCCCAGAUUAUCAAAGAUUGAGGUGGGUAUUGCCCCAGACCAGCAAAGGCUGAUUUAUGCUGGAAAGCAGCUCAAGGACGACCGAACCCUAGCUGACUACAACAUCCAGAAGGGAUCCACCCUUCACCUUGUGCUCCGAUUGAGGGGAGGGAUGCAGAUCCUAGUCGAAACUUUGGCUGGGAAAACCAUCACUCUUGAGGUGGAGAGCUUAAGCACAAUUGGCAAACUCAAGGACAUGAUCCAGGACAUGAAGGGUAUUCCCCAAGACCAGCAGAUUCUGAUUUUCUGUGGUAAACAGCUUGAAGAUGGCAGAACCCUUGCUGAUUAUAAAAUCCAGAGUAAUUCGACCCUACACCUUGUGCUGCGUCUGAAGGCGGUUGACUACGAGAAGUCAAAGAUUCAAGACAAAAGGAGGACAUGGAAAAUCCUCCUGCCCUGCAGUGGCUGACUGAGGAACGGAACUCUCUCUCUCUAAGCUCCCUUAUAUGUUUUGCUGUUUUUGAGUCGUGUCUUAGCAAGUCUUGUAAGGGAUGAUGAGUCUCUCAUGUGGCGUUCCCUCCUCCUUUCUCUCCUCUCAAGUGUGGGGUUGUCCUGAUGCAAUGCGUCUCCAUUGGUGUCCUUAUUUUUGUUCUUUUGAGAUUGUCCGGAUGCUAUUUUAUUUUUGAGUAUUUGCUCUUUUUUUAUUAUUGAAUUU